UCUUGCAGAAUAUUAUGGAGCAGAAGUUGAAUCGCAUAGAUUUGAUCUGGCGACAAUUGCAGCUGCAACUAAUAACUUUUCGCUUCCAAAUGAAAUUGGAGCAGGUGCAUUUGGUCAUGUUUAUAAGGGUCUGUUAUCUACAGGACAGGAAGUAGCUGUUAAAAGGCUUUCAUCAAACUCCUGCCAACCCUACAAUGUUUUUAAAAAUGAGGUUCUAUGGCUUACCAAACUUCAGCAUCCAAACCUCAUUAAACUAGUUGGAUAUUGCAUUCAUGGAGUAGAAUGGAUACUUGUGUAUGAGUUCACGGAGAACAAAUCCCUAGAUGCUUACUUAUUUGAUGAAACGAGACAUGAACUUGGAUGGACCAUACGUUUCAAAAUCAUUACUGGUAUUGCUCGUGGUGUUCUUCAUCUUCGGCAAAAUUCAGGAUUGAGAAUUGAUCACGUAUAUAUCAAAGCAAGUAAUGUUUUACUAGACAGAGAGAUGAACCCUAAAGUUCCAGCUUUCGGUUUAGCUAGAACUUUAGAAGAAUGUCAAACUGAAAUGAAGUCCACAUUCAUUAGUGGGGUUGGUUAUAUGUCUCCAGAAUAUAUAUAUGAAGGUAUAUUCUCAGUUAAGUCAGACGUGUAUAGUUUUGGAGUUCUUGUCCUAGAGAUUGUGAGUGGAAGAAGCAUUCAUGCUGCUUUUCCUGACCAAAUUGUUUGUGUCUGGAAGAUGUGGAACGAAGGAAAAGCCUUAGAAUUUUUAGAUAAAUCAAUGAAGGACGAGUUUCCAGCAGAUGAAGCAUUAAGAUGUAUCCAAGUUGGACUUUUAUGUAUCCAAAAACAACGAGGCGAUCGACCAACAAUGCAAUCAGUGCUUGAGAUGUUGGAAGGAGAAGUUCUAUCGUUGCCACAACCAUUACCACCUCCAUAUGUUGGAAAUGAGACAUAUUCUGAAUUGAAGACGAGCACUCACAUCGACACUACCAAUGAGGUAACUAUUACAGAGUUAGAGUGUCGAUAGAAAGCAUGUCCACAUGACUGCAACCUUUUUGAUUCAGUUUCAAGGUGUCUUUCAUAUGAUUGUCAACAAAGAAACGUCAUUAAUCUUAUGAAGCUAUUUUAUAUCUGAAUACUAUGCACAACCCAUAAAGUAGUUUUUUGCAUGUAAUCGUAUAAAUAUGUUAGUAAUAGUUCUCAUUCGCAUCCUUUCUUUGAGUUUGAAUAAUUGUAAUGACAUUCAAGUCCUAAAUUUGAAGAUAAGAUUAUUUGUCUUUUACUUUGCUAAA